AGUUGCUUUCGGAUCGUCAGACGAGAAGGUGAAGAGCGUGCACACCGUGUUUCUCCGUGGCUCCCAUAUGUUUAAUAUACCUUAUAUACCCCAAGACAAGAUCUCUCUUUGAUUUCUAAAUGCCAUCCCAAGUACAAUUGUGUGGUGUUUUGUGUAUUUUCAUGUGAUUUUUCGUGCAUUUUCUCUCCACUUUGACUCUGUUCCACUUUGGCGUAGAAUAAAGUAAAGAAAAAAUCCCUCACCGCCGAUGCCUGGAGAUAUACAUUCAGUUGAUAUAUUCAAGUUUGUGCAACUGUAACGGACUGUGAGACAUUGUAUAUAUGUCCGGAGAUUUGCAAUAUGGAAUAAAAUUUGUGGAUAUAUUGCAAUUAAUCAUCAGCGGAACCCCUCUUGUGUGGUGUACCAAUUGAAGGAAAAUUGUAUUGGUUUAUUGGAUGAAUUUUCUUUUUUUUGUGAAUUAUGAGCCGGGUACGCAGAAAAUAUUGAGGAUAUCGUGCAAAGGGCAUAAAUUAUAAAGCUGAUGAAAAUAGCAAGAGUGCACGAAAAUCUCGAGCGAGUGUGCAUUUGAUGUUAUCACUAAAUUCCCAUAUGACUAGGUGUGCUCGGCGUGAACGCGGAGACAUUUGUGCCAGACGUGUGAAAAAUGUCCAGAUGGAAAGACGAGGUGAAGAGGCGAGACAUGGGUGCCGAUACAAAGACACACCCUGGACCACUGGAUGAAAUCCUCCCGGCUCCCCUUGAUCCCAAAAAAGAUCCACAGAGUGUCAUCGAGGAGGGGCGAAUAAGUGUGCCAAAGACACGGAGUAUCGCUGGUGUCUCGAGGAGCUAUCUGAAAAAAAUCACAAGCUACUUCUCCAACAAUUCCACCCUCGGUAAAUCACGGAAGAAUCCCUUUGCCACCGAGGAGAAGUUCACAAUAAAAGCCGAAGGGGAUAAUGUGAGUAGUGAUGGAUCGACAAAGGAAUUGUGUUCUGUUGCGGAAUCACCCAAAGUGAUGCAAAAGACCACCGUCGCCAAGACGGAGAGUACUGAUGAUGGCCAGAGAGCUGAUUUACCAGAUUCCUCAACGACAGCAGGAACGCCAAAUCCGGAAUAUAACGCGUUUCUCCUGCCGCGGGUUUGUCUCAAGCAGCAAGAAUCCGGAGUCACCGUGAGACGAUCGAGUAAUUCCGGUUCAGAAAAAGGUUACAGCAAAUCUGGUCAUGAACGCAUUUCAUCGUCACACUAUUCAACGGACAAGAGUGGCUCCUCCGGAUACUAUAGCUCUAAUCACUACUCCACAGGCUCAGUGGAUGAGCACAUAUACAGUGAGCCCGUGAUUGAUGCUAUUGAAGUGCCAACGGCGGCAAAAAUGACACCAAAGAUCGCAGAGAAGAAUAAAUCGUGCAAUUUACCUGACACCCCCCACAAUGAUGGUCGAAAGAUCCAUCGAUCGAUCACAUAUGAGUAUGAGCAUGAUCACUUUGGAGCACCGCUCGAGAGGCGCCUCUCGAUUGAAUACCCAAAGAGAUCAACGCAGAAACUACCGACAAUUAUGGAGGGUAUUGAUGGGCAAAUACCACGACCCAUUUGGCCAUCGGACAUGGAUGAUUCACUCGUGGACAUCAAUUUGGAUUCAUUUCUGCUAAAUAAGGAGAAGAGAGCCUCGGGCGAGGGGAGCUCUGGCGAUGGGAUUGUCAAUCCAGCGCUAGAAUGCGAUGAUCUAUCAGAUAGCAAUAGCCUGGAGAAUAACUAUCGUUGUGCCAAAUAUGUUAAUUCCUGUCCUGAAAAUCCGUACUACGUUGAAGGUGUUCUUGAGGAUCUUCAGUCGUCCGUGGAUAAAUCCUUAUCACUGUACUUGCAAAAAUGCGAAGAUAGUAUUACAAUUCAGACCACACGGGAAUUUUUGGAGGAAAUUCGGAAAAAGCUGAACACCCUGCUGGAGCAGCACUAUGAGGAGGGUAGUGCUCAAUUAACCCCAUCAUCGCGGGGCUCCUUCCAUCGAAGUGAUGACAAACGACAAUCCCGUCGAAAAUACAGUACUGUGAUUAAGGAGGACAUUGAGAAUCUCCGUAGUGACCUGGAUGACUAUCUGAAGCUAAUGAAUCAGACGAAUGAAUUUGAAAUUCAACAACUAUGUGCAGGGAUUGCACGCGAUGCCCGUCUGACAAGCAUGAAGAAUGCGCUGGAGAAUCGAAUGAGGAGUCAGGAGAAUGAGAGGCGCCUGGGAAGUUUGGUAAUGAGGAAUUAUUGCAAGGAACUCGAACCAUUUGAUGCAUGCCAUAUAACGCCGGAGAGACGACCAAUGGGCUUCUAUGACGAGGACCUAAUUCACCAGAGUGAAGAUCCGAAUUUUCAGCUCAAACGGAAAACCUCACCGUGUACAUCGGACUGUGGCCAAAUAAUGCCAGACUUUGUGGAUAGUGAUGCCAUUGUUGCGGAUGAACAAACGCAAAUUCAGCAAAAUAUUACCAUGCAACCGGCCCCGCUUCUUCUGCCGAAGAUAUGCAAAGGGCAGGCUUCGGAACAGGAAAUGAUCCUUGAGUGGCAUCGAAAUAAACCCAGCAUCUGGGAGCAAUACUAUGGGGUCAAUAGACCCGAUCAUCAACCAAUUCUCGUGCGGAAGGGUAAAGUUGGCAGUAGUAGCGGCAAGAAGCACAUCUCCGUGGUCUCAUACCCCUCGACCCGGCCUGAGUCAGACUUUACGUUGGAUUUGCCGCGAGCGCAGCAACUGGAGCGGAAGCUGAAGGAGCAAAAGCGCUUCCGGAGUCGCUGCAAAAUUUUCGCCUUCAUCUUAAGCUUCUUCUUCUUCCUUGUGACUGUGAUGGUGGUUAGUUUGGUGCUGACCAGGGGUAAAAGGAUGUUUGGUAGUAUGCUGUGACAGUUAGCGUCUCUAUGAAUUAUUUAUAUGUUGAAAAGAAAAAAAAUAUUAUGAAAAAUUCCCUUCCAUUAAUGGAAAUGCGUGGUGCUCUUCUGGAAGACAAUCUUACAAAUUUUUCUCUUGACAUUGGCCCUGCAUUUCGUGACGAUGCGCUUACGCAGACACAGGGCCAAUGUUGACGCUCCGUAGAUUGUUAUUCUCUUUAUUUUUUUUUUAAUUUUAAAUGGGAUAUAUUUACAAUGUGUAUCUUCGGAAUGACUUUAAAUGAAAAACUAUUUAUAAAAGAAAUUAUGUUUAAAUGUGUCAUAAUAAAACAAAGAGAGAAAUU